AAAAAUGCAUAAUUUUCAUCAAAGCCUAUCUCACUCACAUUCCCACGAUUUCAGGUUAAUAUUUGCGCUUCUCUGAAUUCUCCUUCGAUUCUGUCGUUGCUCCUCAAACCCUCCUUUCGAUCUAUCCAAACUUGUUCGAAUCCAUGCACUUUCAGAUUAUACUUCUAGGGUUUCGUUGAGGCGAGUCCGGAUCAUUCUUUUUUGUGUGGUAUUGGUGGUUUUUGUGAAUCCUCGACAAAGUGGGUCGUUCAGGCGGUUCGAUUUCUGGGUUUGCAGAUCUGAGUUUUGCUUGACAAUCACUCUCACCAAUUCACCAUGUUUUGGCGCAUGGCCGGGUUGUCCACAGCGUCUCCUGUGGAGACAAUUCUGGAUAAGGAAAAUUUUACAUUAGAGGAGCUUCUAGAUGAGGAUGAAAUAAUUCAAGAAUGCAAAGCUCUUAAUAGUCGACUUAUUAACUUUUUGAGAGAUAGAACUCAGGUUGAACAACUCAUCCGAUAUAUUGUUGAAGAAGCUCCUGAAGAGGCUGAAAAGAAACGAAGUUUUAAGUUUCCUUUCAUCGCUUGUGAGAUUUUCACUUGUGAAGUUGAUAUAAUUCUCAAAGCUUUAGUGGAGGAUGAAGAGAUGAUGAGCUUGUUGUUUUCCUUCCUGGAACCUAAGCACUCUCAUAGCACCCUAUUGGCUGGCUACUUCAGCAAGGUUGUCAUAUGCUUGUUGUUGCGGAAGACAAUUCCUUUUAUGCAAUAUGUUCAAGCGCAUCAAGCUAUUGUAAAGAAGCUUGUUGAUCUGAUUGGAAUUACUUCCAUCAUGGAGGUUUUGAUAAGGCUUCUUGGUGCUGAUGAGCAUCUGUAUUCAAGCUAUACAGAAUCAAUGAAGUGGAUUGAAGAGACUGAUGUGCUGGAGAUGAUAGUGGACAAGUUUAGUUCUUCAGAUUGUUCAGAAGUUCAUUCUAAUGCAGCAGAAACGCUUUGUGCUAUUACUAGAUUUGCUCCUCCUGGUCUUUUGGCUAAAAUUUCCAGCCCAAGUUUUGUAGGAAGAUUGUUUCGCCAUGCCUUGGAAGAUUCACGACCAACAUCUGUUUUAAUAAACUCAUUAUCAGUCUGCAUAUCUUUGUUAGACCCUAGGAGGCUAACUGUUGGAACGGCUUAUAUAUAUAACCGCCCAAUAACCCAUGGAUCUACAGUUUCAGCUACUAUGGAGACUGUUGAAGGCAUGUUGGAGAGUUUAGGUAGGUUGCUCAAGCUUUUGGAUGUUUCUUCAUCAGAGAAAGUUUUGGUUACUACAUACGGAAAGUUACAGCCACCUCUGGGGAAACAUCGUCUGAAGAUUGUAGAGUUCAUAUCGGUCUUACUCACGGUUGGUAGCAAAGCUGCAGAGCAGUUGAUUAAUCUUGGAGCAAUCAAACGAAUUUUGGACUUGUUCUUUGAGUACCCGUACAAUAACUUUCUGCAUCACCAUGUAGAGAAUAUCAUAGUGUCGUGUUUAGAGAGCAAGAAUUCUUCUCUUAUAGAGCAUCUUCUUCAUGAGUGUAAUCUUGUGGGGAAGAUACUGAAUGCAGAGAAGCAUUUCACUUUGCAAGUUGAUGCAAACAAGCCAACGGUUUCUGCAGAAGGUAGAUCACCACCUAGGAUAGGAAACAUUGGCCACUUGACACAUAUAUCUAACAAACUCGUUCAACUGGCAAACAACAACAGCGAAAUUCAAUCUCAUUUGCAGGAAAACACCGAAUGGAAUGAAUGGCAAACAAAUGUUCUUUUGAAGCGUAAUGCAUUGGAAAAUGUCUACCAGUGGGCGUGUGGGCGCCCAACUGCACUGCAGGAUCGGACUAGGGAUAGUGAUGAUGAUGAUUAUCAAGAUAGAGACUAUGAUGUUGCAGCUCUAGCAAAUAAUUUGAGCCAGGCUUUUCGAUAUGGCAUUUACAGUAAUGAUGAUAUGGACGAGGCUCACGGCUCGCUUGAACGUGAUGACGAGGAUGUUUAUUUCGACGACGAAUCCGCUGAAGUUGUUAUAUCCUCUCUGCGUCUAGGUGAUGACCAGGAAAGUGGCUCUCUCUUCACAAAUUCAAAUUGGUUUGCUUUUGAGAAUGAUUUAAUUGCAAAUGAUCGUACAACUGGCUUGCUGGCUUCUCCUUCCCCUGAUAUUAAAGAGUCUGGAAUUGUCAAGGAUGGCGCUGAUGAUGAAGUUAUUGUUGGUGAUGAUGAUGAUCUGGAUGACACUGCAACAUCCUCUCCAGAAUCACAAGGGACGUCAGAUCGCUCACACAAUGUAACGAACAGUUCAAAAGAAAUGGUGGCCGACGAAACUGAUAAGCCACCUGAGUGGGUCGAAUGGAGGGAGACCUCAAAUCAUGAAGAUUCGUCCUUAACACUUCCAAAUGGGGAACUUGCAGUAGUCCCAGAGGUUACUGAGCCAGAUGCCAUAGGACCCUCUCCAUCCACGGAUGCAUUGAUUGGUAAAGAGGCUGCUGUUGGACAAGUACCAGCGCCAACCCAUGAUGAUGGCAGUUUUGAUUCCUCCGAUGUGUCGAUAUCUGGGGGGAAUGUUAAUGUAAAAUCAAAAUCUACAACUAGUGAGGAAACAGUCGAUACAGGAGCCGAGGCCGGGGCCGGGGCCAUUGACGUGACAAUGGGUGACAAGAACACCGAGGAAGCUGGGAACUAGUUCAAAUGAAAUGCUGACUGAUAUGUUCGACAUUGAUCCCGUCGGGUGACGAACCCUUAGGCAUGUUUUUGCUGGCUAGGGAACUGUAUUCUUAGAUCCUUGUGUACAUCAAUCAAUGGGCCAAGGUGAAGGUAUAAUAGGUUGAUUAUUCUUUCUCACCCUCUGUAGAAAAGUUGAGUCUUAUGUUUGUCUGUCACUCUCACAGUGUCUCCUGUGAAAGAGAAGGUUCUAAUGUCGGAUAUUUUUGGCGGGUAAUUGAAUAGUAUUUUAGUUGUUAAUUGGCGCCAAUGAAGUUUAUUUUAAUUCUUGUGCCUUGAAACUUUACUACAGUGUAUGGAAUCAUUGUGCAGAAUAUCGAGGCAUGCAUGGUGGUUCACAAUAUUUGAAA